AGCUUAAGGCCGGGAAAAUUAACGGCACGCCCCUGGCCUGGCAAAAGGUGUGACGAGGUGUGACUACCAGGCCCAAAGCAGUUCGAGGCAGCCACAGCUACACCCAGACCGGAGCAAGGCGGUGCCCCGGUCACGUGGUCCGACGCUUCGCCCCGCCCCUAUCUCCGUCGGUCCUGUCUGCGCCUGCGCGGGCGCGGGCUCGCUCGCCGGCCGUCCUGCGGGCGGGCGCCCCGGGCCGUGGGAAAUGCAAUUAUCAAAAUUGACUUCAGAAGAGAGAAGGCUAACAAUGGAAAACACUGGGAAAGUUACCAGAAAGCUGUCAUCCUCAGUGCCAGGCUCAGCUGAUGUCACAGGUUAAAACAGUCUUCCCCAGAGAGGAAAGGUCGGAGCACCAUGAUGGACUCAGAAGCGCAUGACAAGAGGCCCCCAAUGUUGACAUCUUCAAACCAGGAUCUGUCACCUCACAUUGCGGAUGUGGGGGACAUAAAGCAUUACUUGUGUGGCUGCUGCGCAGCUUUCAACAACGUGGCCAUCACAUACCCUGUUCAGAAGAUUCUCUUCCGGCAGCAGCUGUACGGCAUCAAAACUCGGGAUGCAAUCCUGCAGUUGAGGAAGGAUGGGUUCCGAAACUUGUACCGAGGAAUCCUCCCCCCACUGAUGCAGAAGACGACCACGCUGGCGCUUAUGUUUGGUCUGUAUGAGGACCUGUCGCGCCUCCUCCGCAAGCAUGUGAGCAGUGCUCCCGAGUUUGCCACCCGAAGUGUGGCAGCGCUGCUCGCCGGGACAACAGAAGCCAUUCUCACUCCAUUCGAAAGGGUUCAGACUUUGCUUCAGGACCACAAGCAUCACGAUAAGUUCACAAACACUUACCAGGCCUUCCGGGCGCUCAGAUGCCAUGGGAUUGCAGAGUAUUACCGAGGCCUGGUGCCCAUCCUUUUCCGAAAUGGGUUCAGCAAUAUCCUUUUUUUUGGCCUUCGAGGGCCCAUUAAGGAGCAUCUGCCUACUGCCACUACACACAGUGCACAUCUGGUCAACGACUUCAUCUGUGGAGGUGUGCUCGGAGCCAUGCUGGGGUUCCUAAGCUUCCCAGUCAAUGUUGUCAAAGCCCGAAUACAGUCUCAGAUUGGCGGGCCAUUCCAGUCUCUCCCCAUGGUCUUCAAGACAAUCUGGAUAGAACGGGACAGGAAACUGAUCAAUCUUUUCAGAGGUGCACAUCUGAAUUACCACCGUUCUCUCAUCUCCUGGGGAAUAAUCAAUGCAACUUAUGAGUUUUUGUUAAAGAUUGUGUGAUGAGGCCACUACCUGAGAUGUUAUUCUCAACUAGCUAGACCUAAGGAAAAUGCAAUUUGGCAUUGUUCCUAAUUGGCUUACAUACAAGUUGGUGUCAUUAAGACCAAGCCAUAAUUUACAGACAAAGCAUUGACAAAAACAGAGGAAAGGUUUCAGUGGGCAGGUGUCAAGGUUAGGGUUUGGUCAUUACUCCAGAACUUUAGGCUGUUGCCUGGGAACCAGCCUGUACCUGAUGACCUUUCAGGGCGGCUGCCAGCUGAGAUUGAUUUCUUUUCCUCCCGGAAGGGUUGCUAGGCCUUCUGCGUGGAAACCAUGGCGUCAGCAGCCGGAGCACGUGCUCCUAGCCCAGGGCUUCUCAGGCUCACUCUCACCUCAUCUAUUUCGUCUCUGCUCUUAGGAGGGUCAUCGGCAUGAAACCCCAGCUCUGCACGAGGACUGGAGCAGAGAUGGCUCAGAGCCAUGCUUGUCGCCCCGAUAUGACUUGUUGGGUUAGCUGUUGAGACAGUCAUGAACCAAACCGUUUCUGUUGAGAUGAGAUGGAGGUGAGCAGCUAAGGAAAGCUUCCAUUUUGCUGUUUAGCUUUGAACAUUUUCUGUUUAAUUCUGAAUUUGACUUUAAGCCCUUCCAGAAUGUCCUUGUGCUGUUUUUACUGAAUUCAUUGCCAAAAGCUAGGGUGCCCUCGUUAACUUGUGUUGUGUGCUUCAUCGUGUUCACGGCGAGCUCUACUGUUUUGCUUGACUUCUUUGUGCUACUGGUGUCAACACAGCCGACCAGUGGGGACAUUGUCCCUUGUGAGUAGUAACUGUCAUGUCUAUCUUGUUUUCUGGUACUAGACUUUAAGAAAAUAAACACUUCCAUAAAGUUUUAUUUUGGGAGUCUUAAUACAACCCCAGGUCUUCUUUUUUUCUGGUUUCUCAGUGCUGCAGAGCAAGGUAAGGAGCGGAGGGUGCUUCCCCUCCAUCUGGCCCUCCUUCUGUUUCUCUGGAAAGAAAGAUUUCAGGGUUGUGACACUCUAGGAGAGCCCGGUUGCCACUGUGCCAUUUAGGAGCGUGCUCUGAGUAACAGCACUGACUUCUGGAGCUCAGGGAGGAUUCAGCUGGCAGGAACCAGGUCAGGAAGCCACAUAGUUUAUUUUCUGGGUAAAUGUAACGCGACUCACAAUUCAACUGAAAUAACAUUAGUCUGGAGAGGUAGCUUAGAAUCUUAAAGAAGCUGUCUGUAAACACCAUAGGUAAGCUUGUUUCCCAGGAUUUAACAUAAGAAAGUCAAUUUCUUUGUUUUUUUAAAUGGUGCUAGGGAUUGAACCCAGGGCCUUGUACAUCCUAGGCAAAUGCUAGCCCACUCAGCUACACUCCAUCCUCCCCAUGGUUGGUUUUACUUGAUUUUUUUUUUUUUAAUUUUGAGACAGGUUCUCAGCAUGUAGCCCAGGCUGGUCUUGAACUCACCUAGCUCUGCCUUCUGAGUGCUGGGAUUAAAGGUGUGAGCUGCCAUACCUGGCAUCCCCAGUCCUUAAGGAUAAGUUUCUUACUAACAGUUUUUCAUCUGUGGGUAAUUGCAUACUCUGUGUGUGUGUGUGUGUGUGUGUGUGUAUACCUACAAACCGAAAUCAGACCCUCAACUGCAGUUUGAGCGAAGUUUCUGGGGAAGGUGAUCCAAAGCAGCUCUUAACCUGUACACUGAAGCUGGUUAAAUAAAGCUAACGUCACCCAGCUGUAAAGGUUGGGUAAAAAAGCCUAGUAAGUAUUGGAUGAGAGUAACGGAGGCAGCGGCUUUGGAGCGACACUGAUGGAAGAGUUUGUGCAGUGCGGUGCAGACAUUAGGGGCAGAUGACAUUAAGUGACUCAGCAGACAAGAAUUUGACCGAAACACAUCUGAGUAGUACUGUGUAUUCAGUUAGGAUUUGAAGGUGAGAACUCUCACUAAUGAGAGGUGGCAUCUUGGUUCCUGACUCCCGUGUCCACAGGCAGUAUUGCACACCCAGGGGCCUUCCCAGAUGCAGCUCAGGGGAGGGGAGGUAACCAGGGAUUAUGCUUGGCCCUGGGCCUGAGCGUCAUUGGCCUUCAGUGAGCGAGAGGCUUUGUUUUCUCUACACUCCAUGCACGUGGUUUGAAGUUUUAGUUGUAAAGCACUCCUGUGAAGCUCACAAGAUGUCUAAGGGGAAUGCUUUGCCUUUGCUGUCUUAAUUAUGGGGCAUUUUAAAGCAAAAUUAAACUUCCUAAUGCCUUUUAAUUUUUAAACACUGUGUCACCCUUAGAGCUCUUAGACUAGAUUGCAGUAUAUUACAGAGGUGGCUUUGUCUGAUAAAUUUGAUAAAAAAAAAAUUCAGAACUUGUAACUCACUUUGAACUUUUAUAUCAGAAUGUACUUAAGAGUCUUAACUAGUGCGGUGAUAUUUUUUAAGGGCAGAAAGACUAAAGAACUCUCUGAAAAGCUUUAAAGUGGCCUUUGUGUAUCAUGUGUGGCACAGGUGGCUCAUGAGUGCAGGACAGGAGUGUGUCCUGUGUGUCCUAUCUGAUGCCACCAGAAACCUACGAGUUUCGCAUUUAACACCCCAGUGCUGGGAAGCUCAGGACUGCAGCAGAGUCGACACAGCCUUUGCAUUGCGGAAAACUGGUGUUUUGCUUCCUUUGUGGUUAGAGACAGAUGUUUGUGCCUAUCAACAUUCAUCUUGUGGUUGGUCAUAUAAUCACCUGCUAUAUAUUGUGACCCUGUGCAAUAAAGCAGAAUUGUACAUAAAUAGUUAUUUUUGUGUUCCUGAAAUUCCUAAGCUCAAUUACAAUGUAGAUAAACUUGUAAGGUUUAAGGGCUGGCGUCAUAUAAGUGGGUAACAGAGAAUGAACCCUGGUUUGAGGGUGGUCAGAGCCGGGUGGGUGCAAUCACAGCUGAGCCAGACUGUUGGUAGGAAGGCAUUCAUACUUGGGUUUCCUAUGUCAAAUGUAUUUUUUCCUCAUAUACAAAUAAAUGCAUAUCAAAAACUUGAA